AUGGACACACGACAGCAUGAGACUGGCCCUUUGGCUACACGUACCAAUGGACGCAGCUCUUUACCUCUCGUCAUCAACAAAGGCGGCCGGAAGCCGCUCUUCCAGAAGCCCUCCCGAGAGAGUCUUGGUGGGGUCCCCUACGCCAACGACACGAGACUCGGCAUGGCCAGAAAUGCAUAUUCCGAUGGCCACGCCCUCGCCGUCGGCUCCAUGAUCCCCCGCCCCGGCUCGGUCUCUCCCUCACCAUCCAUCGCCUCGAACAACAGCGCCGACAGUGCAUCGCGCAUACCCCGACCAAGCUCCGCUGCUGGCGUCUUCUCCAAGGCGAGGGGGUCCAUGUCCAUUGCUGACGCCUACAAAAUGGCCGAGGCCGAAGAACACCGCUUCGCAUCGGCGCCGCGGACUCGACGCCUGUCGCCCCUGCCCAUCGACGGCUCCCCGAGCCCUGCGCCUCGACCCCGCCACUCCCUGCCGGCCUCGGACGACGGCCGUCUGCGCAGGAUGCUGAGCAAGGGGCCCCUCGAUAUCAAGAACGCACGCCCGCGACACGCCGACAGCGCCAUCUCUGAAGACGAGGGCGGGCACUCGGCCGACAGCACCUCGAGCACUGGCAGUUUCGAACGCCGACUGAGCGCCUACGCCCAACAGCAGCAGCAGCAGCAGCGGCACUCGUCCAUCUCGCCGAGUCGUCGGUCUAGCCUCUUCGGCAACUCGAGGAUAGGACCCAAGAUUGCCGAGACGGGCCAGACGCUGGCGAAGAAGACGAGCACCGGCAGCCUCAGCGGUACGAGCCCUCGACCAGCGGCAUUUGCCAAGGGACACGUGCCCAAGGGCUGGGUGACGCAUCUCUUGACCCGCGAGGACCAGAAAGCCGCUGCCGUGAAAGAAGGGAAAACCUUCAAAGAGGAUUCCGCCGACAUACCCCUCCCCUCGGUCGAGGUUGAGGGCGACAAGCCCCAGGAACCCACACCGCCUUCUUCCCGACCCACAUCUGCCAUUGUCCCAAAGCUGGAGGGGCGUUCUCCCAACAAAGACUUUGCUUGGCAGAUCGAGGACGACUUCACGGCCGGCGACCUGCAAUUCUCGGACAGCCCGCGAAUGAAUCUGGACACUCUUACGGGGGAUGUCGCCUCGCGCAUGUUCGCCAAUGAUGCAGCCUUUGAGCGGAACCAAGACGUGACUAUAAAUACCAAGCUCGACGACAUCCGACAGCGCGAGCGCGAGGUCGAAGAGGCCUUUGCCGGACGGGAGGACGACCUGCCGAAGAACACCAAGCUAGACGAGAUCAGAGAGCGCGAGAAGGCGUUCACGUCGAAGAAGGCUCUCGCUGCGAGUCGCCUGGAUGACAUACGCGAGUUCAACAUGUCGAGAUCACUCUCGCCCGAAGCGGCGCCCCGUCCCAACCGCCAGUCUGUCCAGGAACCCUCGAGCAAUAAGAGCCCGACCCACAGGCGCACCUUGUCCAAGGACGACGGCGAGCGUGUUCCCAACACACCUGUGACGGUAUACCGCAAGCCAAACGAACAUGAGGAGGCCAAGACGAAGAACGCUGAGCCGGCACCUGUGGUUCAGGAGGCGCCACAGCAAGUUGAUGAACCGGAAACCUCGAGACCAGGUCUCGGUCACACGCGCUCGGAUUCCCGGGAUCUUCUGAGAAGACUGGCACGGGCAGCCAGUACCAGUCCAGCACCAGAAGCUCGUACAGAAGCCGGAGUAGAAGCUCAUACUGAAGCUGCAGUGGAAGCUCGUAUAGAGAAGCUGAAGCAGCAAGAUCUCGGUUCAAGGCCAAAUGACAAGAUAUCUGCGGAGCCUCCAGUUCACCAGGCCUCUCAUAUUAAACAGAUCUCCAAUACUGCUGUCGCGCAAUCAGCACCCUUUGCAAAGGAGGCAGAGGAGACAGUAUCGAGAACAAAGCUAACCGAAACGACGAACGAGUCCCGGAGUAAGGCCGCGCAUUCUCGUCACUCUAGCCUGGACGUCAGGAAGUCCCUCGCUUUCGAUAGAGAAGCUGAAGAAGCGCACAGCCGCAACGCCUCGCGCUCGCGACGAAACAGCGCCGACUCCAAGAAAGCUCCUACGUCAGAAGGCCAAGACUCGGAUAAGGCGAAGCCGUCGGUCAACUUUCUCGGGAUCCGGCGAAACCGCUCCAUCGACUCUAAUAAGGGAAAGAGAACGAGCGUGGCCCUGUCUGACAAUGACCCCACGGAUCGAAUCGAAGGCGAGAUGAACCUGUUUGCGCCAACGGAUAACCAGUCGGAGCGCGGUUCCGUCCGGGCCCCGUCGAUUGAACCGUCCAGCGAGGAGGACUCCGACGAUGACCUGGUUGAGGAGACGCCACGACCUCUGCGACGAGACCCCUUGUCCAUGCCGACGCCAAGGAUCACGGGCGCAUACGUCGAGACGCCUGCGCCGUUCAAAGUGGAAGAGAAGGAGACGGAAAAGGUUUCGGACCUCCUCAAAGAAAUCCCCGAAAUCACAGGCAACAAAGAUAGAGCCCCUUCCCAUCGAAAGUCCUCCGCUUCUUCGGCAGAGGCACCCAGGUCCAGGUCCAGGUCGAAGUCUUCUGGAAGUGUCCACGACACGCACGAACAAGCGCUCGACUACCCAACGUCGACGACGUCAACAAUCCGUCAGAGAGCGCGGUCGCUGCCUAAGAAUCGCCGCCCGCUGAUAAACUCAGUGAAGCCGCCGACGGUCAAGGACGAUCUGCGCGACAUUCAGCGUACAUACUCUCUUGAGGACUCAACACUCGACGAUUUCGAAGAACUCUUUAAACUUGGCAGGCUUGAUAACGCACCCUCUCCCGAGAUUGAAUCCAUCCUCAACGAGCUGUCAAGUCAGCGUGAGGAGCUCGCCAACAAACCAGUCAUCAACGAGGCGGAUCACAGCGAGCUGGAGCGCUACGACCGAAUCACCAAGUCCCUCAAGAACGGGCUCCAGAACAUUCAUGCCGCCAAGCAAGGCAUCGAACGUUUGGAGGACAAUCUCGCCCACACUGACGUCCUCGAUACCAAGAAGGAAGAGCAUGAAGUGGACAUCAAACCUUCUGCCCUGGCCUUGGCCGACUUCAAGGAGCAACGCUCGGGGGACAAGCCGUCUGACAAGCCGUCCACCAAGGUCGUUCACAGUCAUCAGCACUUGGACCACAGCGACACUUGUCCUGAUUGUCUCUCCCAUUCUAUUCCUCGUGCCACAGUCUCCUACGUCCACUUUCCCUUACCCCGCCUCUACCAAACCAACCCCUUCCGCCUCAGCCUCCUUGGUCUUCUUGUCACUCUCUUCUCGGUCUGGUAUGCCGCCGAAACAGCAACAUGCGCUCGUUACUGCCGUCCCGAAUUCUGCUCUACCACACCUUGCAUCUACGACGUCAACGACCCAACUUGGGGUACCGCCAUUCCAGUCAAGCUCGACGCCGCCCUCACCAACGGCCGCGGCCGCCAGCUUUGCGCCCAUCUUGCCGAGGAGGCUUCUGACGCGUAUCUCGACGCGUGGGACUGGAUCAACGGUGUCGACAUUCGUCAUGUCAAGAUGACGUCCCUCGACGCCUACGCGAGGAUACAACACAGACGCCGUCUGCACAAACGCGGUCUUCUCAAAGCGUCCGUCGUGUCGCCGCAGCUGGAGCCCAAGUUAAGCAUGUGGCACCAGACGCGGCUGGCUCUGGAGCGGGAGCGCGAGAUGAGCGAGGCGGGCUACGUCGAGGAAGAGGAGAUGGUCGGGGAUGACGAGAGGCUUUACUAG